GCUGACUGGGGUGUGGGCGGGGAGCGGCGGAGGGAGGAGGCAGGGCUGGCCGCCGCAGUUUGCCGCCGCUGCUGGGCGCAUAGGCAGAGCUCUCCGGGGUUCGUGCGGCCGCCAUGGACGAGCAGGCGGGUCCCGGCGUCUUCUUCAGCAACAACCACCCGGGUGCUGGUGGUGCUAAGGGGCUCGGGCCUCUGGCGGAGGCUGCAGCGGCCGGAGACGGGGCGGCUGCGGCGGGGGCGGCCCGAGCUCAGUACAGCCUCCCCGGGAUCUUGCACUUCCUGCAGCACGAAUGGGCCCGUUUCGAGGUGGAGAGAGCCCAGUGGGAGGUGGAGCGGGCGGAGCUGCAGGCUCAGAUUGCCUUCCUUCAGGGGGAAAGGAAAGGUCAAGAAAAUUUGAAGAAAGAUCUCGUCAGGAGGAUCAAAAUGUUGGAAUAUGCUCUGAAGCAGGAAAGAGCCAAAUACCACAAGUUGAAAUAUGGGACAGAACUGAAUCAGGGAGACAUGAAGCCUCCAAGCUAUGACUCUGAUGAAGGUAAUGAAACAGAGGUGCAGCCACAGCAAAAUAGCCAGUUAAUGUGGAAGCAAGGCCGGCAGCUACUCAGACAGUAUCUCCAGGAGGUCGGCUACACAGAUACUAUUCUAGAUGUGAAAUCCAAGCGAGUGCGGGCAUUGUUGGGGUUUUCAAGUGAUGUCACUGACAGGGAAGAUGACAAAAACCAGGACUCUGUUAUAAAUGGUACAGACGCUGAAGUUAAAGAGACAGCAAUGAUAGGGAAAUCCGAGUUAACAGAUUCUGCUUCCGUGUUGGACAAUUUCAAAUUCCUGGAAAAUGCGGCUGCAGAUUUCAGUGAUGAAGAUGAGGAUGAGGACGUUGAUGGAAAAGAGAAAAGUGUCAUUGAUACUUCAACAAUUGUUCGGAAAAAACCAUUGCCUGAUACCAGUGAAGACCGAGACACAAAAGAAGCUCUGAAGGAGUUUGACUUCCUCGCCACAUCAGAGGAAGGGGACAGUGAGUCUAGAAGUGCAGGCGAUGGAACAGACUGGGAAAAGGAAGAUCAGUGUCUCAUGCCUGAAGCCUGGAAUGUGGACCAGGGAGUAAUUACCAAACUGAAGGAGCAGUACAAAAAGGAGAGAAAGGGGAAAAAAGGGGUGAAGAGAAAAACUACCGAAGAUCUGUUUCAGCCUCUAUCCUAUAUAAAACAGUCAAAACAGGGAUGUGGGAGAAUGAAGCACCAAAGCCCAGGGCCCAAUAGGUCAAAACUACAAGAUAUGCUUGCUAAUUUGAGAGAUGUUGAUGAACUUCCCUCCUUGCAGCCAUCUGUCGGCUCCCCUUCCAGACCCAGCAGCUCCAGGCUUCCUGAACAGGAGAUCAGCAGGGCAGAUGAAGUGGAAGCACUGACAUUCCCUCCUUCCUCUGGGAAGUCAUUCAUCAUGGGAGCAGACGAAGCCCUGGAGAGUGAACUGGGGCUUGGAGAAUUAGCAGGCCUUACAGUGGCCAAUGAAGCAGACUCACUAGCUUAUGAUAUAGCAAAUAACAAAGAUGCCUUGAGGAAGACAUGGAACCCUAAGUUUACAUUAAGAAGCCACUUUGAUGGCAUCCGAGCCCUUGCUUUUCACCCCAUCGAGCCUGUUUUAAUAACCGCAUCAGAGGACCAUACGCUGAAAAUGUGGAAUCUGCAAAAAACUGCCCCAGCCAAAAAGAGCACUUCUCUAGAUGUGGAGCCUAUCUACACAUUCAGGGCUCACAAAGGUCCGGUGCUGUGCGUGGUAAUGAGUAGCAAUGGUGAGCAGUGUUACAGCGGUGGUACUGACGGGCUGAUCCAGAGCUGGAGCACCACCAACCCCAAUGUCGAUCCCUACGAUUCCUAUGACCCUUCUGUCCUGAGAGGCCCUCUGCUGGGCCACACGGAUGCAGUGUGGGGGCUGGCCUACAGCGCAGCACACCAGCGCCUGUUGUCCUGCUCGGCAGAUGGCACUCUGCGCCUGUGGAACACAGCUGAGGCUGCUCCAGCACUGAGCGUGUUUAAUGAUGACCAAGAACUGGGAAUCCCUGCUUCUGUGGAUCUAGUGAGCAGUGACCCGAGCCAUAUGGUAGCAUCGUUCAGCAAGGGAUAUACGAGCAUCUUUAACAUGGAAACACAACAGCGAAUUCUCACUUUAGAAUCCAAUCCAGAUUCAACAGCCAAUUCCUCAUGCCAAAUAAACAGAGUCAUCAGUCAUCCCACUCUUCCGAUAAGCAUCACUGCUCAUGAAGACAGGCACAUCAAAUUCUAUGAUAACAAUACAGGCAAACUGAUCCACUCGAUGGUGGCCCACCUAGAAGCUGUUACAAGUUUGGCAGUUGAUCCUAAUGGCCUGUACUUGAUGUCUGGCAGUCAUGACUGUUCAAUACGCUUAUGGAAUUUAGAAAGUAAGACAUGUAUCCAAGAGUUCACAGCUCAUCGGAAAAAAUUUGAAGAAUCGAUCCAUGAUGUAGCAUUCCACCCUUCCAAAUGCUAUAUAGCCAGUGCUGGAGCCGAUGCCCUGGCUAAGGUCUUUGUAUGAUGUGACACAUCAGCUUCACCUUGUAGCUCUUUGUAAAAGUCAACUGCACAACAGAGAUAUGGAAGACCAGGGCAAGAUUUGGCUUGCCCUGCCCUUUUGUUCUGCUGAGGGAGCACAGAGAACUUCGUUAAAGUAUAGUUUUGAAAUUCGUAUAGUGUUUUCUAAAAUUAAGGUAUGAUCAAGUUGCUGCAAGCUCAGCUGAAUCUUUGAGCCUGAAACUUUCAGAUUUCCCCCCAAAGAGGCACUUUUAUUUCUGAAGUUGUUCUCAUUCGCUAGGCAGGCCUGAGCGAAACAGGUUUAGCUUCCCCCUUUUGAGUAAAUGGGGCAUGCUGUAAUGGAUAAUUAAAGUUGGAUGGCUGGGAGUGUGCAAAACGGAAACUUAGAGAUGCUCUCACCCUGAGACACACUAACCAUACUAGGCAGUCAGCUGUACUGUAUCUGACCUAAUAACCCCACUGUGUAUAGCGACCAGACAGUGUUCAGUUGAGUUUCUAAAGUAGCUCUCCUUUCAGCCGUUCUCAUGAAGCACAUGACAAAGCAUUUCACCUGUUAGAAGGAAGAGAGACAGUAAUAUGUUAAGUAUAUUAUUAUUCAGAAGUGCUAAACAAAUACUUAGUUUGCAAGCAGAUUUCUAUAUUGUAUUACAAAUUUGAAAGUAGAUGUGGUAUCAUUCUAACAUUUAGCCAUUAAGCACUCAUGAUGAAGAAUAGUUUAAAUAGAGUCUGCUUUACUAAAGGUUUUAACCAAUUUGAUAGUUUAUUUUCAAGGGCAAACAGGGCAUCUUUAUAUAAUAACUUGUUUAAAAAUUCACCUCAUUAAUGUGGCAUUUAUAGUACUAGAGUAACUAUUUCAUACGGAAGAAAAUUACUUCCUGGUGGCUGAAAAAGGAGAAAACUAUUUAUCAGCACCCAUAUCUCAACCCAUAUAACUGGUUCAAGUAAUCCUCACUGUUUCUUCCCUGCCUUUCAUGUUCAUGUUGUGUGACACCUACCAUAAACAGUUCAUAAUUAUCAUGUCAUAUAGUCCAAAGCAUAUGUUUACCUCAGGCAGCUGCUUCUGCAGCCUAAUAAGGCAGUGCACCCAUGAAAGUCCUCUCCUAGUGUCUCUGAGAACGCUGUAGCGAUCUAGAUGGAAGAAUUAAUGCCUCUGAUGUCUACGAGGUUCUUUCUCCCCCUUCCCCAUUCUUUAAUUAGAACACACAUUUUAAUGAAGAGUGAAUCAAUAUUGUACCUAGAGAAAACCGUGUCUUAAGACGCCAGGGUUUACAUUUUCCUGUGACCCAUAUGUUCAGCUUUUGGGAAUCUCAGAAUCCUACUGACUAACCUAGGGCCCAGCUAUGCAGACCUCUUACUCAUAACUGUUGGACACUCUUCAUACCCUUCACAGUUUUUCUCUGCUUUUGUCCCAAAUGACAAAGACCAAUAUAAACAUUAAAUAAUAAUUAAUGGCCACCUUUUCACCAAAGUAUAUGCACCAUAGGCUCUCAGUCUUAAAAAUAGUAUACCCAUAAAUAUUAUAACCCAUUAAAAUAAUUCUAUUGCCAUGGCAUUUCUGGUGAUCUAGUCUUGGAAGUAGUAUUCUCCCGAUGAUGUGGUUAAUAAUUGACUUUUAAAAAAUUUCUGCUCAUCUGUCUUUAGAGCUUUGCAUUGCGGAGGCAAAUUUUCACUAAUAUUAAAAGACUCAUGUUGAAUUUCCCUGGUUAUUAUAUAGACGUGCUUUAGUAUUUUAACACAACUACAUUUUAUCUUUGUGCUUUGGUUAACAAGCAGGCUUAAGAGAUUGAUUGGUAUGUGCAAGUAAAUUGAGAUAGACCAAAUUAGCAGGUAAAUGCUUAUAUUUUCAUGUAGAUACAGAGUUUUACAUUGUGGUGGAUGAAUUCUUCCAUCCUUUGUAGAUUGAGCAAAGGGUUUGUUAAUCUAGCAUUCGUACAGUAUUAGAAGAUUCUGGCCAGAAGUAGCACAUUUAUGAUGGCCGACCACAGUUAUUGCUUUAACUGCCUUCCACAGUCUCCAGGGUUUGUCUUACUCUUGUCGCCUCCAUUCCGGAACCCAGGGGAGUCUGCCUCUGUUUGUUCCAUGCCUCACUCAUAAUUGAACUUUUCCUGUUAAUGGGUGAGAGAAAAAUAAUCCUAAAAUAGGCAAAGUGUAGGACAAAUGAUAAAACUGUUGAAAGGUUUUUGGAAGUGUGCUUUGUGCCACUGAAGACUGCACAUAGAAAGAGAUUCUUCUAAAAUAUCCCUGUUUGCUGUCAGCCUAGAAAUGAGCCAAAGCUGUCUUUCAACUAGAUGGUAGCAUGUAUAUAUGUUUGAUUUUCCCCGUCCUAAUGAAAAGUCACAAGAUGAGCAAUUUCAAGAUUCAAAAUCAUUGAAAUGCUUUCAUAAAUAUUUACUGGAUUGUAAAUAUUUGGGGUGAGCUGUUUUGGAAUAGUAUGAAAAUCAACAGGUGGGUUAGGUCCCUGCCUUAUUUUCAUGUGCUAUCGAUGUCUCUGGGAGCUUACAGUACUUCUCAAAACGCAGCUGUCACAUGGAGCUCAUUUGCUACUCAAACCAUAGACAAAUAAGUGAUAUAAUGACCUUCAGUAUUUUUCUAUUGAACAAAUUUAUCAAUUUUUGCCAUUAAACAGAUAAUUAGUUAUGCAAAGUAUUUAGCUUUUAUAAUCAUUUAGUUGUAACUAAAAGGGGGAACUUGAACUGUAUCACUGAUAAUGAACUUUGUGAGAAAUUAUUUGUUUAUCUGACUUUCAUUCCUUCAGUAUUCUUGCUAUAAAUUUCUUUUGGAGAUAAUGAUUCUUUAUUUGAAGAAUUUAUGUCUAAAAUGUAUGUAUAUUUUAUAAAUAUAUAUUAUAUAUAUUAUAGGGAUAUAUAUAAUAUAUAGACUAUAUAUAUAUAUAUCUAAACCAUGGGUGCAUUUUACUGUUUGUGUUUUCAUUUUUGGAGGUAGUAUACUCAGAAGUUAAUGAGUAUGACGAGUGCUGUGCUGUUUGCUUUUACAGUAUAAUAUAUAGUUCUAAGUGUUUAAAUUACUGUAUAUACUAUACUCACUAUAGGCUAGCAUGCUUGUUUUAAAGACUGUCAUUCUAGUUUAUUAAAAUCUGAAUGUAAGAAAACCUGGCUAUUCAAAUGUGAAUUGAAAAAAUUCCAUUCUCAGUACUGAACUAUUUCCAUUGAACAUUCAAGCUUUUUGACAGAAUGUGUCAUCGAGAAGGCAAUAGCUAGAAAGUGAGAGGUGCCUUUUUAAAAAACCUACAAAUGCAGCCUUACAGUGAGGGUGAAGAUUGAAUCUGUGUCAGGGGGUGGGAGGGGGAAGAGAGAGCGUGAUAAGAGUGUGUGUGUGUGUGUAUGUGUGUGUGUGUGUGUGUGUGUGUUCGUGCGGGUGUGUAUGCGCGUGCAGUCUCGCGCCAAUCUGUGAAGAUCCUGAUUUGUGACCGUCAAUGUCUUUUAAUGUAUCUGUUCAACUUUCAGGACUUCAGGGGACAUUUCACGCAUAGUCGUUGUGCUCUUUGGAGAGCCUUACAUGCUUUCUAAGAGUUCUGAAUGUGAAUUUCUAGGAAAUUCAGUAAAGAAUAAAUAGCUGUUUUUGAAUUAAACUGAACUUCAGAUAACAAAUUAUUGGUUCCCCAGAAUUAUGGGAUGUUCACUGAUGUUGUAAUUUUUUUAAAGCUUGCUUUUUUAAUACAUCAUGUAUUUCCCCUAUUCACAAGAGUAUGGCAUAAAAUUCUUAUAUAAUGAGGAUCGAACUAGUAAAAAAUGCUUUGAGAUGAAACACUUGAAAUAGUUAAAAUUCCACCUAAGAAUAAUAUUGAAGACUUUAAAUGACUUCUCAUAUCUACCUCAUUGUCAUUGCUGCCAUUUUUAGUAGAACAAAUCUAUAUGACAUUAGAAAUGAUGGUUGAUGCAAUUUAAAAAUCUGUUGGUGCUUCUCUCAGGCUCUGUCAUCUCAGUUGUACCCUCACACAGCAGACCGAAACGUUUAGGAUUAGUUUUAGUUUUUUGCUUGUUUGUUUGUUUUGUUUUCCCCAAGGAUGGCUUAAAAACACCAUCAGUGUUCUUAGUGAGUGGAGGGAGUUAGUUCCCAGUUGUUACAUCUGUAUGAUAUUUUAACCAAGAAUCACAUUGUUGCUGAAUUUACCUGAAACUUCAGGCAUGGUGGCAUGCUCUUAUAAUCCCAGUACUUGAGAGGUGAAGGCAAUAGGAUUACAAGUUCAAGAUUAUCCUCAGCUGUAUAAGGAGUUCAAGGCCAGCCUGGGUUAUAUAUGAGCCCUUAUCUCAAAAAUAGCAGCAAAAAGUUUACCUGGAAAGAAAAGUAUAAUUUUAUUUGGCUUACUUUAUUCUUUAAAGAAAGUUCUGUCAAUACUCUUAGGUAAACAGUUAUUCACUUUAUCGGCCUAGAAAUUACCUCCAUGACUAUGUUACUUGUUUGUUUAUAUUGCAGUACUUGGAGUGUUUGACACUGGGAUUCUGGUUGCACAAAAGUAAUAUCUGAUGAGGUGUGUGUGUGUGUGUGUGUGUGUGUGUGUGUGUGUGUGUGUGAAGAGAGAGAGAAAUGUAUCAUUUUUUAAAGUCCAUUUUAGAGGAAGAUUAGAAAAUGAAUAUAUCUGUUUAGCAGGUAAAAAUUUGAAUCAGUUUUGCAUUUGCCACUGAAAGCUUUCUAAUUGUCUGUGUCAAACAUGAAGCUAGGUCUCGUGUCAGUGGCCUCCACACUGACCCAGUAUGUAACAGAAACUUUACACCAGGUUUGUUGUUAUGUGUUUAAUUUUGAAAUGUUUAUGUUAGACCAAAAGAGAUCUUUAGGUCCCACUAUUUAUUCUAACCCUGUUCUGAAGUGGUGCUGAGGACUUUUCUGGAUCUUGGCUAGUCACGCUUUCAGAUUUCAUUUAACUGGGACCACAUGCUCAUCAUCCCUCUGGUGCAAAUCAGAAAGUUCGUGUUAAUUUAGAUGAACUUAAUGUCUGCCUGGGUUUUUACCGGGCUGUGAACCAGUGAGUGCCUUGUUAAUGUAGAAUGAUUUUGCCCGUUGUAUGCUAGCUCUUUCUGAAAGGGUCUUAGAGACUGGGAUUUGAAUUGACUUGUGGAGAGCUGCUGAGAUUGGUGAUACAGCACUAGGAAGUCUUUGGUCUGCCAUGUCCCACUCUUCCUGCUUUCUCUUCAUUGUUUGGCUGAUGUUGGCUUCUUGUGAGAAAACAAAUAUAGCCCCUUCACAGACUUUUUCUUUUCAUUCCAGAUAAAGGAGUGCCCCCAUUCCCACCCCAGUUAUAUGAUCCAAUGCCUGUUUCUAGGAAGAACCACUUCUCGUAAUACUGAAAUCUACCACUUAUUUUAUAUCACUAUGAGUUUACUGGAGUGGAUCUCAGGGCAUCAUCAGUUCAGAUUCCCACAUGACCUUUUCUCUCCAACCCAAACCCCCAACUGGUGAGCCCUGGGCCAGAUUGUUUGAUAUUCAGGUGUCUUAAAUUUUAGUUAUAAUAGCAAUUAAUGUAAAUCCAAAUGCUAAUUUUUGUGGUGCAAGAAGUUCCUUUUGUAAAUUCAGGGUAUGGAUAAGCUAAUAAUGAUAUCCAGUUUUGGUGGCUCUAAGUGUAUUAUUUGUUUUUAAAUAAAGUGAACAAAUUAGUUAAUGUGCU